AAUAAUAAUUAAAACAAAAACUUUAAUAAUUUUAUUUCCUUUUAUUUUCUUUAGUUUUUCUCACUGUCCCUCUUAUCAUCUCUCUCCGACGACGGCUCCGAUCUCCGCCGAUACCGCCACCUGCCUCCUUCUUCAAGAGAAUUCAAGAGCUUCAAUGUCCAUUUGUUUUGAUCAGUGUAAUGGUGGGGUUUCAAUUUCAAUUUCAAUUUCAAUUUCAGUUUCAGUAGUUAUUAUCAGUAACAGUUUGUUGAUUGUAAUGAAGUAAAUUUAUUUUUAGAGCUUCUAAACAUAGCCAUUAAUGGGAAACGGCCACCACAAACACCAUAACAAUAAUCAAAAUCAAGGAGCUCUGCCCUAUAAAUACGGUCCCUCACAACCACCACCACAAGUUCCAACCAGCUCAACCACAUCUUACCCUCCUCACAUGGACACCUUUACCUUCCCUUAUGCUCAUGUUGACUCAAGCUUGCGAGCCCUAGCCUCUCAGGCUGAAGGUUUCGGUCGUUUCGCCAUUGGUGGUCUCCAUGGUUCACUCUACCAUGUCACCACUUUAGCAGAUGAUGGUCCUGGAUCACUCCGAGAUGGAUGUCGUAAGAAAGAGCCACUUUGGAUUGUGUUUGAAGUGUCCGGCACAAUUCAUCUUUCAUCCUACUUGAGUGUUUCAUCGUUUAAGACAAUUGAUGGCCGAGGCCAAAGGAUAAAACUUACUGGAAAAGGUUUGAGAUUGAAGGAAUGUGAACAUGUCAUUGUAUGCAAUUUGGAGUUUGAAGGUGGUAGAGGGCCUGAUGUUGAUGGCAUUCAGAUAAAACCGAAAUCCCAACAUAUUUGGAUCGAUAGAUGCAGCCUUCGCGAUUAUGAUGACGGACUUAUAGAUAUAACCCGCGAAAGCACUGAUAUAACCAUCUCAAGGUGUCAUUUCGCGCAGCAUGACAAGACAAUGCUGAUCGGAGCAGAUCCUUCUCAUGUAAGCGAUAGAUGCAUUCGUGUUACGAUUCACCAUUGUUUCUUUGAUGGGACUCGACAGCGACACCCUCGUGUUAGAUUCGGAAAAGUUCAUCUUUACAAUAAUUACACCAGAAACUGGGGCAUAUAUGCUGUUUGUGCCAGUGUAGAAUCUCAGAUAUACUCUGAAUGUAAUAUAUAUGAGGCUGGGCAGAAGAAAGUAGCUUUCAAGUAUCUUACAGAGAAGGCGACAGACAGGGAAGUAGCAGUAAGUGGCUGCAUAAGAUCCCAAGGAGACUUAUUCAUGUGUGGAACUCAGGCAGGGCUGAUGGCCGAGACAGAGAGCGGCGGAAAUGGCAUGUUUCAUCCUAGUGAAUAUUACCCGAAAUGGACCGUGGCACCACCCACAGAUGCUCUGAAACACCAUGUUCAACACUGUACUGGAUGGCACAGUGUUCCUCGCCCAGCUGAUCUUCAAAACUAGCCACACUCAUAUAUAAAUAUUUAUAGAAACUUGCUAUGUUUUAUAUGAUAUUUUGGUGUUUGUAAGUAAAAAUGGUCACUUUUAUUAUUGUAACUCUGUACUAAUGGUUUUGUUAUCAAUAAAACAUAAAUUAUAUUAAA